AUGAUCUCCGAGUCUGAAAUCCACCCUCGAACUGCGGCUCGGCCCCUCUCCUCAAUUUCAAUCAUUGUGGAUAGGCUGAAAAGCGCCCGUCUUCAGGACACCUUUGACGUCUUAAAUAAACCCGAAUCAGAACCAGAAAUACUCAAGGUUUCGCGACGUGCCAAAGCUGUCAAUUUCACAAGCGACACUUCAGAAGCCUAUUGGCCAGACAUGGUCGGUUGUCCUGUGUCUACCUGCGUUGCAGGUUUUAAAGGCCAACCAGAGGAACCCCUCCAGCGAUCUCCCAACUUCGGAACUAACACUAGUCCUACAAUUUCCGAAUCGGAGCUCGACGAUGAUUCCAACUUUUGGGUGAGUACUUUGUAUUGCUUGUCUUGCUUGCCUUUGUCAGCACGUUUUCAGUCUGUCAGCCUCUGCGGCAUUAGCUCAAAACGAAGGUCACGUUUAUUCACUGCAUACGUUAGUCGAAUUACACUGAGUCUCUAUGUCAGUUCUUAA